UUGCAAACUUGGAAAUAACAGUUGCCCAGCUAUCAGUCUGUAAAUCAAAACACUAUCACCCUCAUCACAACCGUCAAUUCUCUGUCAUAACUCUGUCAGCAACAUGAGAGUCAACGCUGUCCUUAGCACUCUGUUCGCGGUCGCGGCCUCUGGCGCGGCAGUCAAGCCUCGAGAUGCCGCCUCGUACGAUGUCUUCGGCUUUUCGGCUGACUGUACACCGCACAGCGUUACGUGUGGCUACGGCUUCCGGGUGGUCCCAUCCUUUGAAACGCCUAGCGACAACGGGUACAUUUGCGGGAACAUAGUUCUAGGCCCGGACAACCUUCCGCCUCUCCCCUUGACGGCCUGUUUCACGAACCCAGACUUUGCUUAUUCUAUCGACAUUGCCAAUGGUGGCCUCACUCUCACUAUCACCUCGGCGCUUAAUGCAAACACUAACCUAACUGGAACCCAUACUGCUACAUCAGAUCAGUUUAUCUUUGAAAACGGAGGUACUACCAUUUCGCAGAGAUAUAUUGGGCCCAAGAACUUCACCAUCGUCGCCGAGGAGGUUGCCGUCUAAACAGGUUUUGAACAAUGAGAACGGGCCCAAGCCCCUUCAUGUUUUACUUAGAUAUGUCGGCCUAAAGGUAUAAAAUGGUUCCUAGUUUGGCAUACAAAUGUUGAAAUGUUGGUAUGGUAGCCUCCAAGACUGGAGGUUGGAGCAAGUCCCCCAUACUACGUUUACCCCACACGGCGGGGGCCUUCCCAACAGUGUUCCGAUUUCGUAACAGUCAAUAACAAAAACCUACCACUACACUAGCUAAAUACUGAACUGAGUCAUUGUGUUUGAGACCUGGAUAACGAGGCAGAUUCCUGG